CUGGGCUAUUUUCAAGACCGCCUACAUUUUUCAGAAAAGGACACCAGGAAUACUUAAAGCGAGCAAGUUUCAAUCUUUACUGGAUGAAGUGCACAAGACGAAUUUCUCUCAAAAAGCUUCUAAUUAUUCUAAACUACUAAAACAAAAUUUUGAAACAAUCAAAGUAAAUCAGCAGUUUUGUUACUGUUUUUGAAAACACAAUCCAAAGUGGCAAGUGUUUAAACUCAAGGACAAAAGAUUUUUAUAUUAAUUAAUUUCCAAAAAUGAUGGUCAAAAAUUGUUUUUGGCUUCUUUCAUUCAUUUUGUUCCUUUGCAUUGUUUCUCCAAGUUAUAGCCGUGUUCAGAAAGCACCCCGGAGAAGGGGAGCUGCAGGAGGACUCAAUAUUCUGAAACUUAUGACCUGCUGUGAUGAUCUUAAAGAGCUGAAGAUCCAGGUGGCCAACUUGACUAGCAUUCUGGCUGAGCUCAGUAGGAAACAGGAGACUGACUGGAUAAAUGUAGUCAUGCAAAUGAUGGAAGUGGAAAAUGGCUAUCGGCAGAUGGAAUCUCGCAUUACAGAAGCUGAAGGAAAAUACUCUGAAGUCAACAAUCGGAUAGACAUUAUUCAGCUUCAAGCAGCCCAAACAGUUACAGAAACAUCAACAGAUGCCAUGUAUGACUGCACAUCACUCUACCAGAAAAAUUAUCGAAUAUCUGGAGUAUACAAGCUGCCUGCCGACGAAUUCCUAGGAACUCCAGAAUUUGAGGUAUACUGUGACAUGGAAACUGGAGGUGGCGGCUGGACUGUUAUACAACGUCGAAAAGUUGGACUAAGCUCUUUCUACCGUGACUGGAAACAGUACAAGCGAGGGUUUGGCAACAUCCGUGGGGACUUCUGGCUGGGCAAUGAUCACAUUUUUCGGUUAACUAGGCAGCCAAGUAUACUCAGAAUUGAUAUGGAGGACUGGGAAGGACAUACUUGUUAUGCAGAAUACGACUACUUUUCAAUAAGCGAUGAAUUCAACAGCUACAAAUUAAUAAUUGGAAAUUACAAUGGGACAGCCAAACGGGACUCACUCAGAUACCAUAACAAUACUGCCUUCAGUACAAAGGACAAAGACAAUGACAAGUGUGUGGACAACUGUGCAUACUUCCGCAAAGGUGGUUACUGGUACAACUGCUGCACAGAUUCCAAUCUGAAUGGAGUUUACUAUCGCCAAGGACAGCACACUCAAAACUCUGAUGGCAUCACAUGGUACGGCUGGCGUGGUUCAAAUUACUCACUGAAACAAGUUGAAAUGAAGAUUCGCCCUCAAAGCUUCAAGCCCUGAGCGCUAGGCAAUUUCUGACUUCAUAAAUGGGAAAUUUAAGUUAGUAUUGCAUUUUCUUACAGAAUUAUGGACUGAUGGAUUUUUCAAUGCAAAGCUUUUGAGAUGUUCCUUUCAUCUCUCCGCUAAAUCAUUCACAUGCAAUUAUAUGUCUGAAAAUAAUUACAGAUUUAAGUGAAAAUUACUAGCUGCCCUAAGGGGCUCUUUAAAGAGACAAAAGAGAAAUUAAAUACAGUUUUAAAAUUUUACAGCAGAAAUGUCACUGUGGUCAUCAGUAGGAUUAAAUGAUGUGAAACUUAAUUUCACAAUCUGAAAUAAAAUGCAAAUUUAAGAAUUAGAGAGCAGACUACUCCAAGGAAAACUUUGAAGCUCACUUCUCAGAUAUAACAAAAAAAUGCAAAAACAUGAACCACCUCUCCCCAAACCCAAAAGUUUAUGCAUGUAUCAGUGGUUCAUAAGAAAAAUAUAUUUUCCCAGGAGCAAUGUGGGUUCAUAACAUCAAUCAGAUUGCUUGGAGAGCAGGACUGAAGUAUCAGAACAGAUGGAACAUGGCAAUAUAUUAAAAAUGCCUUUUUUAAAUGUAAUUUGUCAUUGAUUUGGUAGAAGUAGAAUCAAUUAGACAUUUUUUCUUUAAUUUGCAUCAAACUUGGAGCUAAAAUAAAAGAUAAUCAGUUAUGCUCAGUUACUACAGACUAAUGUUGACAACUUUGACGAAGUUACAUUUAACUAAGGAAAUGCAGUUUCUAAAUACAUUUUAUUUUACUUAGAGUUGAGUUAGGAUGGGAAGGCUAGCUGUUGACAGAUAUGCAAUGGUUUAUUCUCUUCAAUCUGGGCUGCAUAUGCUUCCAUGGGACAAAGUGAUAUGCCCUAUUUCCAAAAUAGUUUCUGGUUUCACUUGAUUAUUCCUGUCACUAUACUUAACAAUGUCAAGAUCUGAAAAACAGGGUUGGACUGAUAAUGCAUGUUAUGGAAAAGUAUACAGAGAUUCACAUUCAGAAGCAUAGUAACACUGAAGUGUUAGCAAAUUCAUCAAAUUAAAAGAUUGUUUCAUGGGUUUCAGUAUUUGCCCAUACCGACGAAGGGAUGCCAACAAUUAGUGAACUAAGCCAUUAACAUAGCCUCGUUGCAACCAGUUUAGAAUCUUUCUUUUUAGUUCAUUCAUGAUGACAGGGUCAUUAUGCCAGCGUUUAGUGCCUAAUGGGCAGCUGAGACUCAACCACAAUGCUGUGGGUCUGCGAUCAUCAUUAGAUUACUUCAGAUAUUUAACUGAAUUCAAAUUCCAUCAUGUGCUGUGGUGGGAUUCCUCUCUGGGUCCCCAAAACAUUACCUGGAUUAGCUGUCCAGCAAUAAUAUCACUAGGCAAUCGCCUCCCAAUGUUCACUAGCACAAUUUCAUGACAAACACUGUUGAAAGUUACACCUGGUUCGAGAGUAGUCCAAGUUCAGUGUCACCACUAGCUAUUUAACAACUAGUGUAAGUCUUGGUAGGAAGGCUGAGAACAGCAUCUCUGAUCUCCUUACCUAUUGUAAUGGGUCUACACAUCUUGUUCCAGACUGUUGCUCUCAAACAGUAUGGUGUUUCCCUUGGUGAAAAUGUUUUGAAAAAUCAGCCCUUUGUCAAAAUUUAAAAUAUUCUGGGGUGUACCUGCUUUGAGUGGGGUAAGUUGGGUGUCAAAGUAACACUUCCAAUACAAAAUAAUCCACAUGACUCUAGCAAUUGUGCAUAUUCACGUAACUUCUAUAUUGCUAAUUGUCCUUUCGUAUACUGAAAUUAGACAAUUUGUGACCUGUCAGUUUAUUGGGCUGCAGUUGGUGGAAAACUUUUGUUCAUCUUACAGAUUGGCAUGUAUGUACUUGCAAAGGAAUAUUAGCAUAUUCAGCUGAGUAGACUUCCAUCUUUUCCAGCACUUUGAUAAAGCUAGUUCAGCCAAAAGAAUACCUAAAUUAGGUGUACAUCACAAGAUAAUUCAGCUUUUAACUGGGGCCAAUAUUCAUCUUAGUGUCAGGGUUUAAUGUGGUUAUCAACAGCUAGUUAUCACAUAUGAGUUUGAGACAGAGUACUUAUUUUCUACUGUUAUUAAAUUGCAGUUUAACAGAAAUUAACAAGAUUUGUUGUGCUUUAUUGGUAAAAUUUGUGCAACAUUUAAUAGGUAAAUUUGUACUUUAUUUAGGAGAACAAUUAAAUACUAUACUUCCGCAUUAUUUAAAUUACUUUACUAAUAUUGAUUAUUACAUUAUAAACACAUACUUAAGGUCAUUUUGAAAACUGCAAUGGCAAAUAAGAACUUGCCAAAAUAAAACUUUUUAAAGUUUGCUUCAUUAUUAUGAGACUGCUUGUAAUAAACUUGUACCAAAUUCCUUAGUCCCAUGGUGCAGCUAACCACAAAUUAACUUGAUUUUAUUUGAUCUGUUGAAUUCCAGCAAUGGUGGUACACUUCAGUGGGACAUGCCAAAGCAGAACUUAUUGUUUCCUUAUCUUAAGCUUUAUUAAAACCAAGGUCAUUUGUGCAAGGCCACUAGAAAAAUGGAAGAACUAAAAGAUUGAUGUUGAAAGUAUUACUGGAAGUAAUACCCUAUUAAAUUAAUUGGCCAGUUAAUUAUAUCAAAUUCCCUGAGAAAACGUUUUCAAAAAUACUCAUUUCAAAACUCAAUUUAGAAACUAACUCUCGGAAAACACUCAAAUAUACUGCAGGUAUUUAAAUUACACUAAUUUAAUAUUUAGUGAGACCUGGUUCAUUAGUUCAUUCCAACAGUCAGGAAUACCACUUUACCCAACCAACAUUGUCGAGGAAGUUUCAAAUGUUCCACAAAAAAUGCCAAGCCCUAUGCUUUAAACUUUUUUUUAAUAGAGUUUCCUUGCAGGAACGGAGUAACAUGAUGGUUGAAAACAGGAAAGACUCGCAAGUAACUUGCACAACCAGGUUCAGGAGUACUACCUGCAACAGUUCAGCAGUAAUAUGAAAUCAGCUACUUUUUUUCUACUACUUGCACUCUAACAAUGGUGCUGCCAUCAUUGAAUUCCCACCGUCAUCAUCAUGAAGGUUACCAUUGACCAGAAAUGUAACUGGGCUACCUGUAGAAAUACAGUGUGUAUAACAGCAGGUCACAGGCUUGGAAUAAUGCUGCAAAUAACUCAUCCCCUCACUACCCAAAGCCUGUUCACAAUCUACAAGGCACAAGUCAAGAGUAUGAUGGAAUACGCCCCAUGUGCAUGGAUGUAUGUAGCUCAAACAAUAUAAGGAGCUUGGCACUGCCUCCACCACCAAUGCUCAGUAGCAGCAGUGUGUACAAUCUACAAAAUUCAAGUAUAAAUUCAUCAAUGCUCCUUAGACACCACCUUUUAGACUCUCAACCACUGUCACCUAGAAGGACAAAGGCAGCAGAUAAUAGGAACACCACCAUCUGUAAAUUCCCCUCCAAGCCACUCACCAUCCUGAUUUGAAAAUACAUCAUCGUUCCUUCAGUGUUGCAGGAUCAAAAUCCUGGAACUCUUUCUAAUGGUCUUGUGUGUCUACCUACAACAAUUAGAGAAGGUAGCUCACCAACACUUUCUCAAGGGCGACUAGAGACGGGUAAUGAAUGCUGGCCUAGCCAGUGAUGCCUACACCCCAUGAGUGAAUAUAAAGAAAACUCCUCACUAUAACAUCUUAUACAAUAUUCCACAGGAAGUUCAUCUGACAAUCUAGCUGCAUUGACAAUGACUAUAGCUUAUCUUAGACUGGAGAAGCUGGAACUGUUUUCCUCAAAGAAAGGAAUGCUGAAAGGAUACUUGAUGGACGUAUUCAAAAGCGUGAGGGAUCUGGACAGAGUAGAUAGGUAGAAACUUGCCACUUAUCAAGAACAAGAGGGCACAGAUUUAAAAUAAUUGAUGAAAGAAACAGAAGUUGUAUAGGGGAAGAAAAGUUUCACGGAACGAGUGGUCUCUGAAAGGGAAUUGUAUUGUAAUCUGAAAAGGAAGAAUACUCUAGGUUGCAGGAAAGGUGGGACAAAGACACGAGGGAAAUUGUUCAUAUGGAGAACCAGCACAGACAUGAUAGGCCAAAUAGCCACCAACUGUUCUGGGACAAUUGUAUUACCUUGAACAGAUUUCCCCUUCCCAAAAAUAAAACCCUCUUAACUAAAUGUUCUUUAAAGGGCAGAAGUAGUUGUAGACAACAUGAUUGCAGCUUUUAUUUUCAACAGAAACCGAUACAUAUUAUUAACAGCAUAUAAAAACACAUUAGCAGUUUUGUUCAGUUACGUCAUAAAGUUAUGCAUCUAUUACAGCUGUCUACCGCAUAUGUAAUUUGAUCUAUUUAAUACACUAUGCCAAGGUUCAACCUGGAAUAAUGACCACAUAGUUGAGGUCUUCACAGGGAAGAUGACAAAGUUAAAACUAGUUUUACUAAGGGAAUCAACAACUUUAUAUCUGUUGCUCUUCAAAAUAAAGUCUGCUUUUUUUAAACAAAGAAAAUUAGUAUAAAGGAUUUAAAAAAAAAUAUAAUCUCAUGCUUAAUAAAAUUCCAAACUCUCAGUAUGCAACAGAACUUAAAAGUUUUGGCUGAUGCACAUGAUGAACAGUUAUUUUGGUCAAGGCAAACUGAAUUAGUGUUAACAAGAUAUUCUGAUCUAUUGUUUUUAAAUUGUGCAAGAAAUAUGAAUGGACAUAAAGGCAAACAGGUAGUUGAUUACAAAUGCAUAGCUCAUUAGACUCUUUGCGGAAAAUAUCAAUGGAGAAUCUUCAUUUUUUUGGCUUGAUUUGCAGCAUGUUUUGUUAAAACAAUUCAAGCUUUGCAAUUUGCUUCUUUGCAUAAGGUACAUGCAACUUAUUAGAAACUGUUAGCACAUUUCUAGACUAAAGUAUCAAUAAUAGGCAAUUUAUAAAGGAUUCAUUUUAUUAUUAUUUUGUGACCGUAUACUUUUAUUUGCUUCAAGAAAGCAAACUUCUUAGGUGAGAAAUAGAUACCAAUUUGUAUAAACAGGAAUUCAUUUGGGGCUUCGCACAUCUUGUUGUGUAAUGUGUAAAAUAGCAAAAUAAAGUUAUUAAUGUAGUUAUGUACAACCUCAUUGCAUUGUACAAGUCUAACUUUGAUUUAGAACAAGUUUCUCCUUAGAGGUACUUCAUACCUCAGAGUGAUACUUGUUUCUCCAGCAAACCAGAAAUGUAGUGUACCAUAUUACAGUAUGAGUUUUGUAGUUUUUAUGGACAUUAAACAUUUCAUAAACAAAUGAAGAAAA